CCAGCUGAACCUCGUGGCAGAAGAGAGUGCCUUGCUGAGACCAGGACGAAUAGACAGAAUUAUCUACGUGCCGUUGCCAGAUGCAGCCACUCGCAGGGAGAUCUUCAAACUUCAUUUUCAGUCCAUGCCAGUGAGCGAUGAAGUCUGCUUAGCUGAGCUUGUUGAGCACACACAAAAGUACUCAGGAGCAGAGAUAACAGCAGUCUGUAGAGAAGCAGCUCUUCUGGCUCUCCAGGAAGACAUCCAUGCCCAAUCCAUCAUGGGACGGCACUUUCGGUGCGCGCUGACUGUCGUGACCCCGAGGAUUCCCGACUCGUUGAUCCAGUUCUAUGCAGAUUAUCAGCAGCAGAGUGGACUGCACACGCUUUGAGAGGCAAAUUAAUACACACACAAAUUCACACACAGUGUGAAUAGCAAAUUUCCUUCAUAAAACUGUCAGAAGCCAAAGAAUUUUGUAUUGUGAGUGGAGUAUCUAAAGUUAAUUAAACGCAGAAUUGUUGUAAUAGAAGUCUGCGUGGAAGUUUUCAGUGUAAUAGAUAUUGUCCUAAACUCCAUAUUUUACCAUUUCAGUGGUAUAAACUGCAUUUUACAGGUAGUAAGAUUGCUGAUUUAAUUUAGUUUAUCUCAGUGUAUAUCUGCGUAUAAAAAAAAAAUUAUCAAAUUCUGAACUUUUGGGGGAUUCUUGGCCCUAAAGAGAGAACCAACAAGUGCCAUUACUGUCUUCAUUUGUUCCUGCCUCAGCCACAGUUUAAUCCCAGGGACCAUCCCAGUGAGGCACAGACCUGGGGAGUGGCCUCUCUACAAAAAAUGCUGAAAAUUAUUGUGACUCUUUUGAUUUAUGAUCUCCAACAAAGCUGCCAAACAGGCUUUCCGAGAUAAAGCUGAAGUAUCCUGAUUGAUUACAGCCAAACAUUUAUCUUUGGUCUUAACCAACUCCUGUUCAGACAUACUGGCAAGCAGGCCAUACCCUAAAACCUGUCCAUCCCUUGACUAACCUGAACCCACAGC